AUGCUCGGGUUUUCUGGUAGCUACUUCCGUAAUGGAGAUGAUAACGAGGACCGUGGCGAUGAACUGCUUGUUGAGCUGGCGCGGAAUUUCAUUUGGUUUCCUCAUAUGUGGCGUCAUAAUCACGCUCACGAACACAAUUUAACUUACAUGGAAGCAACGAUGACCCAAAAUUUCAUGUUUGCCCAGAACAUGCGACUUCCGGUGAAAUACCCUUACGCCAUAGCACCUCAGCAUGAUGGUGUGUACCCGGUACACUCAGAGCUCUAUAAAGCUUGGAAACGGGUAUGGAAAGUAGAGGUGACUGCUACUGAGGAGUAUCCACACUUCAAGCCAGCUCUAGGUAGACAGGGAUUCAUCCACAUGAAUAUAUCGGUUCUUCCACGUCAAACAUGCGGCCUCUACACACAUACUCAGUUUUUCCACAAUUAUCCUGGCGGAUUCUCUAAGCUGACGAGUUUAAUUUAUGGCGGAGAGCUCUUCUUCACAAUACUCAUGAACCCGAUAUCUAUAUUUAUGACACACCAGCAGAAUUUUGCCCACGAUCGAUUGGCAUUGUUCGCAUUCGAUAACCUAGCGCGUUUCAUCAGCUGCUGGACUAAUAUUCAACUGCGCUGGCAGAGUCCUAUUGAAUCAGCACGGAUGUAUUUUUCAUUGAUGCCUCAAGAAGCUGUGCCCUUGUGGAGUAACCCCUGUGAAGAUCCACGACACAAAGCUAUUUUACCACCGUCCUUGAACUGCUCGAACUUCACGCUUCCAACCACUCUUAUCGUCGGUCCACAGAAAACUGGUGAGCGAAAUUCGGCAGUUGGUUUUUAA